AACUGCCAUUUCCACCUAUUCCAGCCCAGACUAGGAUUCGGGUAGGGAGGAAGAUGGAGCAUGAAACAAAUCUCCCUGGAGAUGCCGAAUAAGCUUCCCGGAUCGCUAACACUAGUGGUGACACGCGCCAGACAAAGGAGCUGGCAUUCUAUAAAUGAGGCAGCAGGCAGGGAUCAGCAAUUGGCUGGAUUGUCAGGAGAGAGGAGCGCCUGCAUUUCGGAGCAGUCUGUGAGAGCAAAGUGCUCAGAGGGUCACAGCCUCACUUCUGCCGCAUGCGAACACUUCUGCAGCGUCCACUUGCACCAUCUUUGGAGAAAAGUUCUGCUGCCAGUCUUCAGAAUGACCAGAAAGAUCUUCACCAACAGCAGGGAGAGAUGGAGGCAGCAGAACGUCAACAGUGCAUUUGCUAAGCUUCGAAAGCUUAUUCCCACCCACCCACCAGACAAAAAACUCAGCAAAAAUGAGACCCUCCGUUUGGCCAUGAGGUACAUCAACUUCCUCGUCAAGGUCCUUGGAGAGCAAGGCCUGCAGCAGACAGGGAUGCCUCCACGAGGAAGGAUACUUGGGCUUUUCCAGCAGAAUCCAAGUUUGGAAAGCAUGGAUGAACUGACUCUCAUGGAAGACUCUGAGGUCCCUUCUCCAAGCACAAGCAGCAACAUCCCAGAGUGCUGGUCAGAAACAUCUUCUCCGUGAUGAGCCACCAAGUUGGGCCGGUCAUCUUGGUGGUAGUCAUGUGAUAGUCCCCCCUUUGUAUAAGUCGUGGGUUGUUUGCCUAUGUAAAAUAUUUAUUUAUUUAUUUAUUUGCUUUUUUUUCUCAAGUGCAUUCGGUGUAAUGUUCCCCCCUCCCCCAGAGAAGAUAGUCAUUUUCAGUAAUUAGAAGAGAAAUAUUCCAUUUCUGGAAGAUAAGUAGCACUCCAAAGCUGCAACUUGCCUCCAUAUCUUUGAUAUGUGUCACAGAAAACCAUUGGUGGCAAGAACCCUAUUGCCCACUGCUUGCCUUUAUCACAAGGAUAAAGAAAAUGUGGGCCGGAUGUAUUCUUUCAAAACCUACCCAAAGCGACUACAAUUCUCUCCAAUUUAUUUUUUUUCAA